GGGGCUGAAAAAGGAGCAGGGUUAGAGGAGGAGUUGGGGCACGGGAGGAGCAGGUUUAGAGACAGAAACAGGAGCAGGGACUGGGUCUGGGACGGGAAGGGACGGGACAGGGCAGGAAGUCGGGGGGCCGCGCAGAGCCGGGCGGGUAGCGGGCAGCGCUGAGGGCUCCCGCUCGGCUCCGGCUGCCGCCGCCCCCGGGCCAGCCCUGCCGCUCCCCGCCUGCCCCAGCCGUCCCGCGGAUACAGGGAAGGAACCACCCAUCCAGCUGCAGCCCCACCCUUCCAACACUGCCAGCUGUGCCUUCAGGUUGUGCUGCGCCUGCAACCCACUCCGGAGAUCCUUCCCUGCCUCCUGCACUGCUGACCACCAGCUCCACGGGAUCCCUGACCUGGCCCUGCGGGUCUUCCAACGGCUCGUGCCGUGGACUGCUGGGUUCCCCCCCAUGCUCAGCAUGCCCUUUUCUGGUGCAGCCAGACCUUCCCAGGAACCACUCUGGAGCUCGAGGCCAUCCUGUAGGGAAAUGGAGUCCAAGGUCUCUGAAGGCGGCCUCAACGUCACCCUCACCAUCCGGCUGCUGAUGCAUGGCAAGGAAGUUGGAAGCAUCAUUGGGAAGAAAGGAGAGACCGUGAAGAAGAUGCGUGAGGAGAGCGGGGCAAGGAUCAACAUCUCAGAGGGGAACUGCCCUGAGCGGAUUGUGACCAUCACUGGCCCCACUGAUGCCAUCUUCAAGGCUUUUGCCAUGAUCGCCUACAAAUUUGAGGAGGACAUAACCAACUCCAUGAGCAACAGCACUGCUACCAGCAAACCUCCGGUGACACUGCGGCUGGUGGUGCCGGCAAGCCAGUGCGGCUCCCUCAUCGGCAAGGGGGGCUCCAAGAUCAAGGAAAUCCGAGAGUCCACAGGUGCUCAGGUCCAAGUGGCGGGGGACAUGCUGCCCAACUCCACGGAGCGGGCAGUGACAAUCUCGGGGACACCCGACGCAAUUAUCCAGUGUGUCAAACAGAUCUGUGUGGUGAUGCUGGAGUCCCCACCAAAAGGUGCCACCAUUCCCUACCGCCCAAAGCCCGCCUCCACCCCUGUCAUUUUUGCAGGUGGUCAGGUAAGAGCCGACCCGCUUGCAGCCUCCACUGCCAACCUGAGCCUUUUGCUGCAGCACCAGCCGCUGCCCGCCUAUACAAUUCAGGGACAAUACGCUAUUCCACACCCAGAUCAGUUGACCAAGCUCCACCAGUUGGCUAUGCAGCAAACCCCCUUUACUCCCCUUGGACAGACCACCCCCGCUUUCCCUGGAGAAAAGCUGCCCUUACAUUCCUCCGAAGAAGCUCAAAAUCUGAUGGGCCAGUCAUCAGGUUUGGAUGCCAGUCCCCCGGCCAGUACUCAUGAACUCACCAUUCCCAAUGAUCUAAUAGGCUGCAUAAUUGGACGCCAAGGGACCAAAAUCAAUGAAAUUCGGCAGAUGUCAGGAGCGCAGAUCAAAAUCGCGAACGCCACGGAAGGCUCAUCGGAGCGCCAGAUUACCAUCACAGGAACCCCUGCAAACAUCAGCCUUGCGCAGUACCUCAUCAAUGCCAGGCUGACGUCUGAGGUCACUGGAAUGGGCGCACUCUAAUUUCCACCCACCAUCCUCCACUCCGCACCACCCGACCCUCUCCAGCCACCGGCACUCCACCCAGCCUGUACUGCCUGUACAUUUACCGUCUUCCCUUUGCCUCCACAGAUACUCUUUGUUUUACUAACAAAUAUAAACAGGCGCAUAUGCACACACUGGAACGUUUCUUUACAAGCUCUUUACUCUGUGCUCCUGAAUCUGCUCCCAAACUCUUUGGUUAUGGUCCUUGUUUUCAGCGUUAGGAUGUUAAUUCUUCAUCUGCUUUUUGGGGACAAGGGAGGGGGGAGGGGAGCGUUGGUUUUGUUGUUUUUUUUCUCUCACUGGCAAGACUUCAGGAGCUAGCGGGGUCUCUAGUGUCAGUCUACCAUAGCUACCUAUACGUUUGAGUUGACAUUGCCAGUACAUUCUGUAGCAUAUGGACAUAAUGAUGCCACCCAGAGCUGUGUGUGUUUCAGAUGACUUAAUUUUUCUCACCCUCCUUCCUUUGGUGCUUCCCCUUGCUUGUCCUGGCUCACCUUCACCACCUCAGGCCCCUGCCCUUAGGGUAAGGGCAUACUUUUCACCCCGUGUUAUUUGGGAAUCAGAAGCCAAGUAAGGGUUCAACCCGCAGGCUUCACUCUUGGAACAUGGCAUGGUCCAGACAAGCCCAUUUUCCUACUAAACUAAGGGAAUCACACACACACAGAUACACAGAAAUGCUCUUUUUUUUUUUUUUUUUUUUUAAACUAACAAGCACCUGGAAGUGGGAAGAACUCAGCUGUAAGGGAUUCACACCCCCAGGGUCUUUGAAAGCACUCUUUUGUCAGUCCCCCACAAGCAAAACCUCAGGAAGCUCUGUGAGCCAGCUGUAUUUGUUGUUUGUGUUCAAUAAAUGUCUGUGCAGCUCUGGUA